UCCUUCCUCUCCUCGGUGGUGCUUCUUAGCCGCGCAUGCGCAGGACGCCCCCCAGGCCAGGAGAGCCCAGAGGUGGCAGGGAGACAAAGGCAGGGAGGGUGCUCGUCUUUCAGGGAGGCUAGCCAUGGAGCGCAAGGCCCGGAAGGCGAAUUCCCCGCAGCCGUUGCAGCCGUCCUUCCCUCGCCAGCGGCUCUUCAAUGGAAGGAAGCGGGCCCCAUCCGGAGAGAGCGCUGCCCGGUCUGCGGCCGAAGCCAAGCGCAGCUUUCUUGAUUCACCCGGGGCCCGGCUGCUGCGCCUGGAGCGCAAAGUGGCGGCAGCGGAGGAGAGGUGGGCUGACUGCGAGAAGAACGCAAUGGAGAUGGGGAACCACGUGGAGGGCAGGCUGGCUGCGCUGGGCACUCUGAUGGAGGAGAACGGCCUGCUCCAGAGGAGGCUGGAGAACCUGGAGAACCUGCUGAAGAACCGCAACUUCUGGAUCCUGAGGUUUCCGCCGGGCAGCAAUGGGGAAACCCCGAAGGUGCCAGUGACCUUCAACGACACCUCGGUCAGCUUCAAUGCGCAGGAAUGGGGAAACCUGGAGGAGUGGCAGAAGGAGAUGUACAAGGCGGUCAUGAGGAGCAACUAUGAGAUGCUGGUCUCCCUGGAUGAUGCCAUUUCCAAGCCCACGUUCCUGUCCCAGAUCGAACGAGGGGAAGAUCCAAGUGUGAACGACGUUGACGACUUGGAAGAGAAGGACAUGCCUGUAGAUCCUAGCUCCUCAGGUUCCUCCGUGAUUGUGGUGAAUGCGGCUUCCUGGGGCCAAGAAGACGAGAAAGAAGAGGAAGGUGACCCUGGGACUGUGCUUUUGGAGGUUGCAAGCCCUGAUGAUACAAUUUCCAAGCCCGAAUUCCUGUCCCAGAUUGAAGGAAGCGAGGAUCCGAGCGUGGAGGAUCCGGACGGCUUGGAAGAGAGUGAGAUGCCUGUGGAUCCUGGCUGCUCAGGUUCUUCCAUGAUCAUUGUGAAUGCGGCUUCCUGGGGAAGAGGAGGUGGCAAAGAGGAGGUGGCAGCAAUCUUGGCUUUGCAGGAAGACGGUCAGGGGACGGCGCUUUUGGAGGCCUCAAGCCCCGAUCUCCCUCUGAGCCGGGAUGUGGGGUCGCAGGUCAAGCAGGAACCGGAGGAGAAGCCCAUCAAGGAGGAGCCCUUGUCCCCUGGGAGUCCCGCCGAUGAGUCUUUUAUUCCGGUCUGUAUCAAGCAAGAGGAAGAGGAGCAGGAGCAGAGCAUGGAAGACCAGCCAUACCUGGUUUACUUCGACCACUGCCAGGUGCUUGCAACAGACGUCGCAGAGCAGGGCGAGGACUCUGUGACGGGGUCUUCUCUGCCAUCGUGUGGUAAGGACAUCGAGCCGAAGGAGGACGCGGUUCCGGGCUGCCUGGCGCAUUUCGGCAUGUGCAACCAGAGCGUGUCCAACCAGGAGACGCUGGGCGACCACGAGUACACCCGCAAGCGCAGGUUCCAGUGCACCGAGUGCAGCCGCAGCUUCGCCUUCCAGGGCCAGCUCUCCAAGCACAUGCGGCUCCACGUGGAGGGGAUGCAGCUGCACUGCGACGCCUGCGACCUGUACUUCUCCAGCCAGAAGGCCCUGGCGGCGCACAAGCGCAUCCACCUCCUGGAAUGCCCGCUGCACUGCUCCAUCUGCAACUGCAGCUUCUCGGACGAGGUGAGCUUUGACCGCCACCAGCAGAGCCACGGGCCGGGCCAGGUGCGCCACUGCCUGGAGUGCAACGUCUACUUCACCAGCUCUGCGGCCCUGCAAGAGCACAAGCGCACCCACGCCAAGGACUGGCCCUUCCGCUGCGCCCAGUGCGACCAGACCUUCGUGCACGAGGGCCUGUUGCGCGAGCAUCUCCUCAUCCACAGGCACUGCCACGUCUGUGGCUGCCGGCUCUACCGUGGCAUGGAGCUCAGCAAGAAGAAGCUCUACUGCAGGAAGUGCAAAACCUCCUGGCACAUAGAAAGCAUCCCGGUGGCGGUGGCGGCAGCGGGAAACCCGAGCAAGGGCAGCGCUUAAGACAUUGCUCGGUCCUAUAGGUUGCAUCCCCAUCCUCCUCACAUCCCAGUAUCCCAGUAUUCGUUGUUGAAGGCUUUCAUGGCUAGGAUCACAGGGUUGUUGUAAGUUUUCCGGGCUGUAUGGCCAUGUCAUACAUGGCCAUACAGCCCGGAAAACAUACAACAACCCUAUGAUCCUGGUAUGUGUUUCAGUGCACAACCCUACACGUCUCAGUCUGGUUUUCGCCCUUUCUGGAUGCCUUUCUCCACAUUGCAAGAGGACAGAAGCAACCCGAACGAGGGAAAUACAUAGGCUUCUCUCUUUCUGUAGGUCACAGCCCUAUCCCUCUCGAGCCCCAUAUUCUGGUAUGUGUUUCAGUGCACAUCCCUACACGUCUCAGUCUGGUUUUCGCCCUUCAUGGAUGCGUUUCUCCACCUCACAAGAGGGAAAAAGCAACCCAAGCGAGGGAAAUACACAGGCUUCGCUCUGUUCUGUAGGUCACACCCCUAUCCCUCUUGGACUGCACAUUUUGGUAUGUGUUUCAGUGCACAUCCCUAUAUGUCUCAGUCUGGUUUUCGCCCUUUCUGGAUGCCUUUCUCCACAUUGCAAGAGGACAGAAGCAACCCGAGCAAGGGAAUCACAUAGGCCCUUCUCGGUUCUGUAGGUCACAGUCCUAUCCCUCACGAGCCUCAUAUUUUGGUAUAUGUUUCAGUACACAUCCCUACUCAUCUCAGUCUGGUUUUCGCCCUUUCUGGAUGCCUUUCUCCACAUUGCAAGAGGACAGAAACAACCCAAGCGAGAGAAACAACUAGACCACUCUCCGUUCUGUAGGUCACAGUCCUAUCCCUCUUGGACCGCACAUUUCGGUAUGUGUUUCAGUGCACAUCCCUACUCGUCUCAGUCUGGUUUUCACCAUUCCUGGAUGCUUUUCUCCACAUCCUAAGAAGGCAGAAGCAACCCGAGCAAGGGAAUCACAUAGGCCCUUCUCGGUUCUCUAGGUCACACCCCUAUCCCUCUCGAGCCACAUAUUCUGGUAUGUGUUUCAGUGCACAUCCCGACACGUCGCAGUCUGGUUUUCGCCCUUUCUGGAUUCCUUUCUCCACACUGCAAGAGGACAGAAACAACCUGAGCAAGGGAAACACGUAGAACCCUUUCCGUUCUGUAGGUCACACCCUUAUCCCUCUUGGACCGCACAUUCCGGUAUGUGUUUCAGUGCACAUCCCUUCACGUCGCAAUCUGGUUUUCGCUCUUUCUGGAUGCCUUUCUCCACAUUGCAAGAGGACAGAAACAACCUGAGCAAGGGAAACACAUAGAACCCUUUCCGUUCUGUAGGUCUCGCCCCUAUCCCUCUUGGACCUUACAUUCCGGUAUGUGUUUCAGUGCACAUCCCUACCCGUCGCAGUCUGGUUUUCGCCCUUUCUGGAUGCCUUUCUCCACAUUGCAAGAGGACAGAAGCAACCCGAGCGAGGGAAUCAUAGGCCCUUCUCGGUUCUCUAAGUCACAUUCCUGUCCCUCUCGAGCCUCAUAUUCUGGUAUAUGUUUCAGUGCACAUCCCUGCUCAUCUCAGUCUGGUUUUCGCCCUUUCUGGAUGCUUUUCUCCGCAUCGCAAGAGGACAGAAGCAACCCAAGCGAGGGAAUCACAUAGGGCCCUCUCCAUUCUGUAGGUCACAGCCCUAUCCCUCUUGGACCUCGCAUUCCGGUAUGUGUUUCAGUGCACAUCCCUACACGUCUCAGUCUGGUUUUCGCUCUUUCUGGAUGCCUUUCUCCACAUUGCAGGAGGACAGAAACAACCUGAGCAUGGGACACACGUAGACCCCUUUCCGUUCUGUAGGUCACACCCCUAUCCUUCUUGGGCUUCGCAUUCCGGUAUGUGUUUCAGUGCACAUCCCUACUCGUCUCAGUCUGGUUUUCGCCCUUUCUGGAUGCCUUUCUCCACAUUGCAAGAGGACAGAAGCAACCCAAGCGAGGGAAACACAUAGGGCCCUCUUCGUUCUGUAGGUCACACUCCUAUCCCUCUUGGACCUCGCAUUCCGGUAUGUUUCAGUGCACAUCCCUACUCGUCUCAGUCUGGUUUUCGCUCUUUCUUGAUGCCUUUCUCCGCAUCCCAAGAGGGCAAAGGCUUACCUAAGCAAGGGAAACAUAUAGGCCCCUCCGUUCUAUAGGUCACACCCCUAUCCCUCUUGGACCUCGCAUUCCGGUAUGUGUUUCAGUGCUUAUCCCCACACAUUUCACCCUUCCUGGUUGCCUUUCUUUGCGUUGCAAGAGGACAGAAGCAACCCAAGCGAGGGAAAUACAUAACCCUUAGGUUGCAGCCCUACCCUUCUCAGAAGUCACAUCCCGCCGUUAGUCUGUUAGGAAUUGUGGGAGUUGAAAUCCAAAACACCUGUAGCAUUGAAGUUUGCACAUGCCUGUCUUAAGCGAUGCAUGGAGACCUUGUAACCUCCUUGACAGGUAAAUUGUUGCAAGACUUCCCAUUGUAUUUCAUAUUUAUUUCUUCCCGCCAUUGCCUUGUGUGAGCCGGUUGUCUGUUUGAUAGCUCCUCUGGUUCAGUCCUAGCACAUCUUUUCUUUUUGGGUCAAGAAGGACUUCCACAUUAAGACAGGAUGGAGAUCGUGAAUAUGGGUUGUCAGUUGAGAUAACAACAUGUACAUGUGCAUCGUUCAUUCUUGUUUGCCUUUCGUUUGCUCCCAUGCCAUUUUCUCCUUCCUUUCUGCAAUUUCUUUUUUUUGCAAACUCUUUGUUGUUUCCCCAAAGCUUGUUUUCUAAGUUGUAUUUCUGGAGUUUGGGAUUUUUGGCCUCCAGAUACAGAAUGUAUUUCCUCUUUGGGGUUGUUGUAUGUCUUUCGGGCUGUGUGGCCAUGUUCCAGAAGCAUUCUCUCCUGACGUUUCGCCCACAUCUAUGGCAGGCAUCCUCAGAGGUUGUGAGGUAUGGAAAAACUAAGCAAGGAAUAUUUAUAUAUAUCUGUGGGAAGUCCAGGGUGAGGGAAGAACUCUUUGUCAGUUGGAGGCUAGCGUAAAUGUUCCAGUUAAUCACCUAAUUUCCUCUUUGGUUUUGUCCUUAAUUUUAUUCCGAAUAGCGCCCAUCCAUGCUCAACCGUAUAUGCGGUUUCAGGAGGAACCAUGCUUCUUGGAGUUUGGAUCAGAUCCUUCCGUUUCCCCUAAAUGAUAUUUAGAAGAGGGCUUACAAAAGAAAGGGAUCAUCCCCAGGUUAAAAACAUGAGCCUCUUGCACCUCUGACCUUGGGACCCCUUUGCGUCAGUGGCUCUUCCUCCGAAGGUGUCACAUCCUUAUGACAAAGCCUACCUUUGGGCAGGUAAGUGGCUUCAGGUGUACAGCUUGGAGCAGCAGAGAAGCCUUUCGAGUUCACUCUCUGCUGAACCUUGUGAUUCAUGUUCCAACAUUGAAAGAAGGCUUCUCUGCAAAACCUUGAAUCUAUAUAUAUAUAUAUUGAGGCUUACAAACUGCCCACACCUGUCUCCAGUGUUGUCUUUUCCACGGAGAACCUUCGUAACUCAUUUGCUGUGGAGCUUUAUGAUAUAAUAAAGAGUUUAUAGCCUUU